AAUGAGUAGGUGUUCUAAAACUUUUGACCGGUAGUAUUUUCGUACCCAACAUCACACUAACCCAUACAAAUGAGUAGGCUUGGGUUGGAGGAUGUAGUCCCUGUAAAAGCCACCAAACUAUUGGAAAUGUUUUUAGCGAGUCGUGGGUUUCUAUUUCGGUGUUCCCUCAUUUUCAAUCACUCCCUCUUCUAAUUUGAUCUAGUCCCACCCUGAAUUCUCUUUCCUAGAUUGACAUGUUUAUUUGACAAAUUAUGCUUACUGAACAGUGUUGUCGAGAAGGACCAAUAUGCUUCUCCUCCGUGGAAACUGGACUUCCGUAUUUCAACCAUGUCGGCUCUGUGUAUCCAAAUAAAAUAGCAAUCUGAAACAAAAUGGUGCCCUGUAGUGUUGGUCAGAGACAUGUAAGUGGGGACAGGUAAGUAACAAAUAAAGUGCAUGACUUUUCAAUGACAUCGGGGGGAGGUGAACAGAUUCGUUUCAAACAUCGACUCGCAUGAAGAAGAAUCAAAGUCAAUGUUCAUAACUGUGGACAAUACUUUUUAUAAUUGUUCACAAUUAUAAAAAUAUGUUAUUGUGUUAGAAACGCGAGAGCUGUCAACUCUAGAACAUUGACAAAUAGCGCAUCGUCAAGAAUCGGAACAAUUACUGAAGCUGCGUGAAAACUGGCUGACUAAAAACAUUUCUGCAUGGAAGCAGCUGAGCUGCCCCAGUCUACGACGAGUGAGGUGUCUUCUGACUCAGAUACUGAUAUGGUUAUUUUGCUGAGCAUAAAUCCACGUCAGAAUGGCAACACUUAGCUUGUUCCACGGAUUACGUUUAUGUCGAUAUAAAUGUAUUAUAUUUUGGACCGUUAAAAAAAAAAAAUCCCCGUCAAUGUGGGUGACUUUACACAUAUUUUCCAACCGCAGAAACGGAUUCUUGAAACAUAGCCGAUCCUUUUUUGGGGUGUAGGAAAAUAUCAAUAUAACUAUUGAAAUGGUACUUUCUCUCAGGCCAUUAAAAUGUUAAUGAGUUUCAGUCAUAUAGGCCUACCUGUUAUAGUAUUGUAACGACCCUGGGCUUCUAUGCGCGGAGAUCGACUCUGUCUAACGAGCAUGCUUUUGAGGUACAGUCGAUAGCGCGCUGGACUUCGGGCUAGAAGGUCGAGGGUUCGAGGCCUGCUCCAUUACAGUAUUGUGGCAAGACCACUGGCAGCAUUGCAAGGAAGACAAUGUAAUCGUAUGAGCAAAGUUGCAUAGCAAACAAACUUCACCCUAUAUUGUGUACUCUGUCUGUAUGUAUGCCUGUUAUUACUGCUCACGUGCAUACAAAAAGCCAGGCAUGGCACAGUGGGAGAAGCUGAUGCAGCUGGAGUCUGUGUACCUGAAACAGGUGGGUGAGCUGUAUGAUGGGGAUUCCUUCCCCAUGGAUGUACGCCACUACCUGGCACACUGGAUAGAGGGUCAAGACUGGGAGCAUGCAGCGCAGGACUAUGACAUUGCCAUGGUGCUGUUCCAGGUGUUAUUGGAGAACCUAGAUAUCCAGUACAGCCGCUUUGUCCAGCAGGGGGAGCCCUUCCUGCUACAGCACAACAUAUGCCGCUUUAAACACAACUUCCAGAGGUACCAAGAGGAGCCCUACACUCUGGCCAGCAUCAUCCUAUGGUUCCUGCGGAAAGAGGAAGAGAUUGUGCAUAGCGCAGAGCUGGCUGAGCAGGUCCAACUGCUACAGGUCCAGCAGAACCCCAUGGAGACAGACAGCCAGUGGAACAUUGAGUGCAAGAUGACAGACCUAAAAAAGAAAGUUCAGAGCAUGUUGUCAGGUGUGGGCUUGCUGCUGGACGAUGCUGAGGAGGUGCUGUUUGUGCUGGUGAGGGAGGAGCUGGUGCAGUGGCAGAGAAGGCAUCAGAAGGCCUGCAUUGGAGCCCCAGACAGCACCUGCCUGGACCAGCUGGAGAAGUGGUUUACAACGGAGGCAGAGAGUCUGUUCCAGGUGUGUAAGUUCCUUAAGUUGGAGGAGCUGAUGGGGAAGGUGACUUACGAGCAUGACCCAUUGAAGACCCAGAAACCAGCACUGCAGAAGAGGGUGGACAGUCUCCUCAACUGCCUGCUCAAAAGGUCUUGCAUCAUUUACAAUACACAAUCACACUGGCUCAUGAAAAAUUCCAAUAAACUCGCUCAAAGCUUACACACUAAGAUAGUAAAUACUCAAACACUACAAAUGGGACUGGCUCUAUCAUAAUCAGUCACAUUGACCCCAAAACAUAUUGGAGUUGUAUACUGGAAGGAGGAUAAUGUUAGUUUUCUAACGAGAUCAACAUUAUCUCUCUACUCCAAAUAUCAAGCGAGUUACGUACCAUUGCAUGCUGACUGUUACCAAACAUGUUUUUGAGAAAAACAGUCAGUUUGCAGUUAAGACAUUUUGCAAGUAAUGAAUAACAACUAUUUACUUAAUACAAAACACAAUACAUGAAAUCCAUUGACCCGUGUUGUUCUUUUCACACACACACACAAAUUACAUCUUGCUCUAACUAUACAGACAUAGUGUCUGUCUGCAUUGAUGUCGCACACAUAUGUUCACGUAAAUGCAUUCACAUGAAUCCGUGCACACAUUUGUACAUGUGCGUUUGUACACAUUCUGUAUACUUCUGGCCCGUCUUUGGACACUGUGUUAACUAACCUCCAGACGAGCUUCAAUGCCAUACAACUCUCCUUCCGUGGCCUCCAACUGCUCUUAAAUGCAAGUAAAACUAAAUGCAUGCUCUUC